AGGCUAUCUGGUGGUGAUCGACUGCCGGAGAUGUUACGGCCGGUGUUUUUCUUGUUCUUCGCAGCGCCGAGCAUUGCGAGCUUGGCUUGGAACUCCAUAGCUGGAACUUUCGAUACUGCUUCAAAGAUGUUGUUCUUUCUCUCUCUCUUCCUCUUCGCGUCACUGGUAAUGUUGCAUUAG